AUGGAGAAACUCAAUCUUACUGUGCUGAACUAUUUCAUUCUCAUGGGCAUCACAGACCGCCCUGAGCUCCAGACUCCAUUGUUUGUGCUGUUCCUCUUCAUGUACAUGACAUCUCUGAUGGCCAACUUGGGCCUGGUCAUCCUCACCAGGAUGGAUGCCAAGCUGCAAACACCUCUGUACUUCUUCCUCAGACACCUGGCUCUCAUGGAUUUUGGAUGUUCAACAACAGUGAGCCCCAAAAUGCUUGUGAAUUUUGUUGUGGGUCAAAAUAAAAUCUCUUUCUGUCUGUGUGCCUUACAGCUAUCACUUUUCAGUUUUUUUAUUGCUAAUGAAUUUUUCAUUCUGUCGGCAAUGUCCUACGACCGCUAUGUGGCCAUCUGCAACCCACUGCUCUACGCUGCCAUCAUGUCACCCAGGCUGUGUCAGGUGCUUACGGCAAUUCCUUAUAUUUAUAGCACAGUUGUUUCUCUUACCAUCACCUUCGAGAUAUUUAACCAACCUUUCUGUGGUGGCAAUGUCAUUCGUCAUUUUUACUGUGACAGUGUCCCUUUGAUAUCUUUGUUCUGUUCAGGGAGACGUGAAAUUGAAAUGAUUAUUAUGAUCUUUGGAAGUUUUAAUUUGCUUUGCUCUGUUCCAAUAGUUCUGGUAUCUUACUUGUUCAUUUCAGUGGCCAUUCUUAGGAUGAAAUCUGCUGAGGGGAGACGCAAAGCUUUCUCCACCUGUGGCUCCCACUUGACGGUGGUCACUCUGUUCUAUGGGACUUUGAUCUUUAUGUAUUUGAAACCAAAUUCCAGCCAUUCCUUGGAAACUGAUAAAGUGACAUCCAUCUUUUAUACUCUCAUUAUCCCGGUGCUGAACCCUUUGAUCUAUAGCUUAAGGAAUAAAGAUGUAAAACAUGCUCUUCAGAGGAUGUGGAAAAAAUUAUGGAAUGUCUUUUCUAAAAUUUGUUGUACAAAGUGUAUCUCUGAGUAG